AUGACACGCAUCUGUCAGGAGGAAUGUGGCCUGGCUACAUUGAACACCAAAAUUGUGGGAGGUGAAAAUUCAUCUCCAGGAAGUUGGCCCUGGCAGGCCAGUUUAAACACUAAUGGCUAUGUCUUCUGUGGAGGAUCCCUGAUUACCAACCAGUGGGUGCUGACAGCUGCUCACUGCCUGACACAAAUUCCACCCAACUUAGAGGUGCUUCUGGGACGCUACACUCAGUCAAGUCCAAACCCCACUGAAGUGUCACGGAGAAUUGACGAAGUCAUAUGCCAUCCUUUGUACGACUCCUGGACCAAUGACAAUGACCUAUGUCUUCUGAAGCUGUCGGCCCCAGUGAAUUUCACGCAAAACAUAUCUCCAAUCUGCUUAGCCUCAGAAGGAAGCACUUUCUACACCGAGACUAACAUCUGGGUCACUGGAUGGGGUAAUGUUCUGGGCGAUGGUUCCGUUUCCCUCCCCGACAUCCUCCAGGAGGUAAAGCUACCAAUAGUGGGAAACAAUGAGUGCAAAUGCACCUAUCGUCGACUAACAGAUAACAUGCUCUGUGCUGGGACCAGCGCUGGAGGGAAGGAUUCAUGUCAGGGAGACUCAGGGGGGCCACUGGUGAUAAAAGAAGGUAAUACCUGGGUCCAGGGUGGAGUUGUGAGUUUUGGUAGAGGCUGCGGCCUGCCUGGAGUUCCUGGAGUUUACGCCCGUGUGUCCAACUACCAGGGCUGGAUCAGCAACAUCACUGGCAACAGCAGACCAGGCUUUGUUACCUACACCUCCACAGGCAUUGAUAGCGACGUAAACUUUGCCUGUCCAACAACACAACCCCCCAUUUACACAACAGGUGAUGGCAGUAUAUUUGACAGUGGUGAAACCGUGAUGCACUUCUCCCACUUCACUCACUUCACCUCACUCUGUGCUCUAGUGCUUUCACUCUACGUACUGGUUGGUGAUGCAUAACAUGAAAGUGUGAAACAAUAUCUAUGCAGGUAAAAGUACAAAAUGGUAACAUUGUGGUUGUCAACAACGAAACCAACCCUUUUAAUAUAUACGAUAAAAACUUUAAGAAAAAGUGUGAUUGUUCGACUUGAUUGUCUUUAAUUAAAAAGUAUGUGAACAACAUGCUGAAAAUCAGUGUGUCACUGUCCUCUGAUGGAAAAUUUCAAGCCUGUUUCACCUGGGUGAGGUCAGAAAUGUGUCCUGUUGCACCUGUAACCACACCCGAUGUCACAGCAACAAGGUGAGAAGUUAAACCACAGGAAGUCAGCAAAUAAAAUAUUUACUCUUUUAAUCGUCAAAGUUCAAAAUAUGUAUUCUGUUAUAAAGCUAAUGAUUUGUUUCUUUUUUGGCCUUUUGGGGACAGCACGCCAACACACAUUAGCAUUCAUUUAAAGUGUUUCUGGCCAUCUGAUGAGUUCAAGUUCAAUAUCCACUCUGCUUUCAGCUCUGUUUUGGUCUUCACCUACUCCGUGGGGGAACAUAUGGUUCUUUAGCAGCUAAAUGUUCCACCAUGUUCGUCAACGCAUCAUUAACUUUGUCUAUCAGCUGAAAACAGUCCUAUUUGGAAAUGAGGUUGAUGAGAGCAGUGACGUUGAACCAAAACAGUAAAGUCGCAGAUUGUCAAAAUAAAAGCAGAAAUAUGCUCAGACUCUGCAGAAUUGAUGCCAAUGUGUUCAUCACUACAAGCAACUCUGUGUAACUUGAAACACUUGAUUACUCACACAUGUGCCGCAUUACACAGAAAAUGUGACUAGACCUCUGUAUGAAAACUAAAAUGCUUUUUGUACACGGUGAAAAUUCCCUCAUAAGCUGGAUGUUCAAACCGCUGGGAGCUCUGGUUUGUUUUCCCGCUCUGUCAUUUCCCAUAAAGCUCCUGAGAGGAUUGUACUGUUAACCUGGCAGGGACGUGCAACUCACAUCCCUGGCCUGCAGGAUCAAUCAGCUGAAAAAUCACAUCCACUGAUUCCAGGUGUGUUUGAGCACUCAUUGUGUGUUUGUGUGUCGCCCCACUCUGAUGAUGUUUGUAGGCAUGUGGCUUUGUGUGUAUGUAAAUCACAUUACGAUUGAAGGCUCACAAACGUGAAAUUAAACCUAAUUGGGCCAAAUGUACCUUAUUUUUCAUUUCCUUUUCCUUUUUUUAUUUUAAUUUUCAAAUAUUCACACAUGAAUGCAGUUACUGUCCCCAACAGGCCACUGUACACAAUAUGUUCUGGGUGACUGAUCGGAAAAGUAACUAGCAGGCAGAAACAUUAUUAUUCUGUGGCGGUGAUGGUGUAUUAUUUAGUCUCAAUGUGUUGGACUUUUCUCAUACAGUAGUAGGACACAAAGAUGACAAAAACGUAAUCUGACUCUGGGGCGAGACACACCCUCCUAAAAAUAAAGUUGAUUUUUUUCCUCCUGA